AUGGCAGACGAGAAGAAACAACCCGAGACUGCGGUGAUCGACUGGGAUGGCGACCACCGAAACCCCUACAAUUGGCCGACAUGGAAACGAGUCUACCACUCUGUUCUUCCAGCGAUAUUCGGUCUUGUUGUGACAGUUGGCUCAUCAAUAUACACAUCCGCCGUGCCGGAGGUGAUAGAACGCUUUCAUGUCUCCGAAGUCGCCGCCAUCGUGCCCUUCUCGGUCUUUCUCGUCGGGUUGGGCGCUGGUCCAAUGCUCGCCGCCCCGUUGAGCGAGAACUUUGGCAGGACGUCUAGCUACAUGAUCUCCCUUCCACUAUGCGCACUGUUCACCCUCGGAGCCGGCUUUGCACAAAACUUCGCUACCCUCGUGAUUUGUCGUUUGCUGGCGGGGAUUUUCGCUAGCCCGCCCCUGGUUGUCGGCGCGGGCACGAAUGCUGAUAUCUGGAAACCAGAGCAUCGCGCGCUCGCAACCACGUUGUUUGCUCUCUGUCCGUUUUUUGGUCCGGCAUUGGGGCCUCUCAUGGGGGGCUUCGCUGUUGCGGCCAAGGGUUGGCGGUGGACACAAUGGAUCAUCUUAUUCUUCGCCGUCUUCGCCUUCAUUCUUGCCCUGGGUAUGCAAGAAACGUAUAAAAAGAUCAUCGUCGCGCGAGCUGCCAAAGAGGCCGGAAACACACCGCCGUUGAAAUUGCUCUUCCAGGUCACUUUGCUGCGGCCCGCGCGGAUGCUCUACUCAGAGCCAAUUGUUAUUGCGUGGUCACUGUACAUUGGCUUCACCUUUGCUGUUCUCUACUCUUUCUUCGCCGCAUUCCAGUACGUGUAUGCGACUGUGUACGGGUUUGAUAUCCAGCAGAUCGGGUUAACCUUCAUUCCUAUCGCCGUGGGAAGUCUGCUCGGGUCCCUGACCGUAAUCUUCAUUGACUGCAUGAUCUACCAGAAACGUCACGCCACAUGGAAAGCCCAAGGUAAUACUGGGAGGCUUGCGCCAGAGCAGCGUUUGCAUGCUUCGAUGGUCGGCGGUUUCGGAUUGCCCGUCGGAUUGUUCUGGUUUGCCUGGACUGCACGGCCCGAGAUACACUGGAUCAGUUCCCUGAUUGCUGCUGCGGUCAUUGCCUGGGGGAACAUGUGCAUAUGUAUGAGCGGAUUACUUUAUCUUCUCGACGUUUACGACGCCCUCCUGGGAGCCUCUGCAGUUGCAGCUACUUCGCUCCUUCGUUACGCGCUCGCAGCGGCAUUCCCACUCUUUAUCAACCCCAUGUAUAGCAACCUCGGUGUUGGCUGGGCAACGAGUGUCUUUGGGUUCAUCUCUGUUGUAUUGGGGCCGAUCCCAUGGGUGUUUCAUCUGUGGGGUCCUAAGCUGCGGUCGAGAAGCAAAAUGAUCACCGCAUAA